AUGUCAGCGCCAAGUCGCCGACGUAAUCGCUCUCUGGCUUCUUGUGAGCCAUGCCGGAAAUGCAAGAUUCGGUGUGAUCACAGGAAACCCGUCUGUGCUUCAUGUCAACGCCGCGGUCUACAAUGCUGGUAUCACCCUGCGCCUUUGACCAAACAACGGAAUUUCCAGGGAUCGACUAUCUCAACUCCACCCAGCUCAACCAGUGUGGUACAAAGUGAACCUUCAAACAAUGCCAAUAGUCCCUCGACUGGAACUCCAAUAUUCCACACAUGGCCGUUCCUGUCGGCAGAACCCAACGGUUUGACAUCGCGUGAUACGGUCACCGGGGGCCACAAUUACAAUAUAAAGGCACACAAUGAGCACUUAACAACCAUUGAAGACAUUGUCUCCCAAUUGGAACUAUUCCCAGUUAUUGAAAAACGAAUCCACGAGUAUUAUUCAUUCAGUCAAGUUGCACUUGUACCUAGGCCACUUGUGCUGCAGCUGAUCACUUCCCUUCGAACGUGUCUCGCAGACUCGGGUUACAUGAGAGAAGAGAGAACCGACCGGAUCUCCAUUCAUCAGGGUCCGCAACUAGCAGAAGAUAUUUUACGCUCAUCCUCAUCGGACGUAGCCAUCACGCAAGACUUGGACUUGGAGGCCUUCUGCGCGCUAUUCAGCGGAGCGAAUUUGCGCAUAGAAACUCUUGGUCUAUUAUAUACUAUGGCAGCACGCUCUUCUCUCUAUACUAAAGGUUAUGGAGACGAUAAAUACCAAGAUGAUAAGUUCACUACGGAAAUGGGUUGGUAUGGCAACUCAUGCUUGCGGCUGGCUCGUGAGCUUGCACCAGAAACAACUGAUCUUAUGGUAUGGCUUGCUCAUGAGAAUCUGCAACUUACCACGCUUUUUGAGGGAGAUGCAAGUGAGUCCAGCGUUCCUGAAACAAGCAGUUCGCAUAUUCACAGUGUCCUAGGUCUAGGUGUCUGGCGACGGGUAGGCGACCUCGCUACAGAUCUACUAGCAUUGGGCUUGAAUAGAGAAGCAACACACUCAGUCACGCCAUUUUUUCUGGCGGAGUGUCGACGAAGAAGCUUUGUCAGAGCUUAUUAUCUUGACAAAGUGUUCGCAGCAGUGUUCAACCGGCCGCCUCGAAUAACUGCUCGACAUGCAGACUGCAACCUGCCGUUGGACUUAUCUGAUGACGAAAUUUUCACAUCGUCAGACAAAAUAGAACAAGCAAAAGACAGGCUUACGCAAAACGGCUGGAACACAGAUGGAAAAUAUAGAGCCGCCACGUGGGCUCGGAUACGUUAUAUUCUAGCAGAAUUUCGUGAAGAAAUUGUCGAAUAUCAAUAUCGAUCAAUAAAACCUGCCGAUAAUAUCAAGCUCAGAGAGUUGUCCAGUCGCUGCUAUGUAGCGUGGAACAGUUUACCCCAUUAUCUUCAAUACAGACAGGAGUGCUGGGCAUCGAAUCUCCCACCCGCACAUUGCUAUAUGCAUGCAAAGGUCUACCUGUCAUAUCUUCACAUCCACUUUCAAAUUUAUCGAUUACUUGGCAGGGGUGAUGGUAACACGACUUUUCAACCAGAGUUGCUUGAGGUGUCAGCGAACAUGCUCGAAACAGUUGUGAAAAUGACGAAUUGUCGCGGGAGAACAUCUUCACCUCGCGAUCUGCCUGGCAUUAUUCUCUCAUAUGGUUUGCCAUGUGCUGCAAUCCUCUCUACUGCAAUGGAAACUUCUAUUCAAGAUUCAUCAAGAGGAGCACAACUUCUUGUUGGCAUCAAGACAUCCACUCUUAUUCGAAAUCUUUCUGUCCUAGUGUCUCAACUCGAGACCGUUUCCAGUCCUAGUGAGACCAAUCAUGUAUUUUGCAUCAAAGCCUCAAAGGCUAUCUCGCGCAAGCUCGACCACAUCUUGGAUAGCUUUACGACAGCCAGUUCUACAAAGCCUCCUGAUCGUAUACCAGAGCCAGUCCCAACACUACCUGCGCUAAACACCACAACAAUGACGGAUAUGGAUACGACUAGCUUCGUUGAUUUUGAUCACUUUGACCUUGCAGAUUGGGCCAUCAAUUUUGACAUAAGCACUAUGAGCGAUGAGUGGACUAUGUUUUGA